CCUACUGAAGCGGAGCCUUUGAAAUCACUGUCGGAAAAGGCGGUCUAGGGCAGAUUGGGAACUGUUGCAGUGAUUAAAAGAUUUGAAGAGAUAGAUUUUCAGUUGUUCGCCAUUUUACGAGGGAUUUGGAUCGAUUAUAUUUUCAUCUUCAUUUCAAGGAGAAGAAAUUCGAUAAAACAGAUCAAUCAUACGGCAAACCACUGCCGGCUCUAGUCCAUAUGUGUUUGGGAAUAGUUAGCCAGUUCUUUAUUUCUGUUUUAUAUGUAUAAACUGAAUGAUGGUGAAGCACUAACCGACCAGCGAAUACGUGAACCAACCACCAUACGACGGUGAGAAGUCCAGCAAUCCUCUCGCACAUAAUUAUCCCCUUUUGAUACCGUAUGGACCGUUAUGUAUCUCCAGCCGAUAGCCAUAGUGUAACAUGUUUAACUUCUUUCAGCUCGUUAGAAAUAUUUCAGAUUAUAGGAAAUAAAAUUGUCCACUUUUAAGUCUUAAAUACUUGAUCUUCAAACAAGUAUAGCCAUACUGGAACAAAUGGCAGAAGGGGAUCAGCCUCAGCAACAAGUUUUUCAUCUUUAUUUUGGAGGGAAAAAUAUUAGUGUCCAAGGAGAUAAUGCCGAGUCAAAGACUGAAAUUAGUGCUGGCAAAAUCAGCCGAAUUACGGUUCAACAGCCAGAUGCUGCACAUUCUACAUCAAUCAGCCCAACUCAGCCAGCAGAAAUAUCUAAAGGCAUCGAAUCUUUGAAUCUUUCACCGGAAGGAAUUCAGUCCGAUUCGAUUGCAACUCCAAUGCUAACAGACGAUCUCAGAGUGCAGGAUCUUCAAACGAAGACAGAUAGAAAACCAAAUCAACUUAACAAAACGCCACCUCGAACUCAGGAGCUCAAUCAACAACCAAAACAAACAGCAGCCGGUCCAAGAUAUACGACCGCACAGAGUGGAAUUAAUGCUCCAAAGAUUUCCAUGCUUCGAAAAAAAUCUUCCAAGUUAUUCGACGAGUCCAAAUAUGAAGAAGCAGUCUCGAUCUUAGAAGAACUGGCAACCCUGCAAAACCAUCAGGAUUUGGAUACAAUACUUAUGAUGGUCGAGUGUUUUAUACAACUUGGUAGAGAGAAGAAAGCGGAAAAAUCUAUCGCCCACUUACGAAAUAUCUUGAUGGCGUCAUCAGUGACAAGUGCUGAUGACGUCAAAACCCUCGCAAUCGAUUUGAUUUCAAAUUCCGCAUACAUUCGCGCUAUAAUAUUGCUUCGAAUAGCAAGUGAUAUCUACAAGGCUCGCACAAGAUCACCCGAUGAUGUAAUAAAUGGGAUUAAACUUUGUGUCAGUAAGAUACAUGAUGCCACUGAGUCAUUGAUAAAAGCCGGUGGUCGAUCCAAAAUUAUAGGAGUAGAUUACGGCAUAGAAUACAUGACAGAAAUGCUGGAUGAUGUUCGCGCAAUAGAAAACGCUGAUCCAGUGAAUAAAGCAAUACAAGAGGCUCUGUGCUGUGAAUACAUUGGAUAUAACUAUUUACUGGCAGAUGAAGAGGAGAAAAGUAUAAAAAUACAAAAGAAUGGACUGGAGGUUUUGGAGAAACAGUUCGGGUCAAACGCUUCAAAAUAUCAAAUCUACGGUUUAUUGCUGCAUAAUAUCGGUGUAGGGUAUUAUAAUCUGGGUAAGUAUGCAGAAGCCGAAUCCUAUUAUAUUAAAGCCAUUGAUGCGUAUGAAAAGGCUUCAGAUUAUGAGAAUGAAGCUGAGAAACAGAAAUGGAUUGAAUUGUCAAAAACUGAGCUCAGGAAAGCUCGCGCACAAUUAACCUGAUAUCCGCAUCGCAUAUGCACGGCGAAUCGUAAUUUACUGAAAUUAUCUCAAACAAUAAUAAAAUAUUUAAACUUUUAAUUUACAUUUGUUAUGUAAUUUAAUACUGUAAAAAAUGGUCAGUAGCAGUGGCGUAACCAGGGGGUUGUUUUGCG